GGGAUGAAGAACAUAACAGGAUAGUCUGCGUUGUAGCUAGGUAUAUAUCUCGACGUCGGCGACUAGGAAAAAUAGUUGGCUAAGCUUAUCUUCACAGAUGGAAGUGAGGAGAGUAAGCAACGCUAUAUUAUAGUACGAAAUAUUAAAAAUAAGCUAACAGUAUUCAUGAAUUUACUCACAUAAUUCUUUAUAAAGUGGUCAGAUUUUCAUCUUUUAACACAUUAAAGGUGCAUUUUACGCGAGUUUUGGUGCAUUAAAUGGAGGAGAAGAAGGAAGACGGAGACUCGGAGAUACAGGAACACGGACCCGAGCACUGGUUCUCAAAAUGGGAGCGGCAGUGUUUGGCCGAAGCGGAGCAAAGGGAGCCGAGCGAGGAGGAGGCCGACAACGACCAGGAUAAACUGUGGCAUCUCUUCCAGAACUCAGCCACUGCUGUGGCACAGUUAUACAAAGACAGAGUAUGCCAUCAGCAGGGCCUGUCAUUGUGGGUGCCAUUUCAGAACUCGGCAACAGCAGUUACCAACCUCUACAAAGAGAGUGUGGAGGCACAUCAGAGAAGUUUUGAUCGGGGCAUCCAGAUAGGCCAUCAACGCCGUAAUAAGGACAUGUUGGCCUGGGUGAAAAAGCGCCGGAGAACCAUCCGUAGGGAAGACCUUAUCAGCUUUCUGUGCGGAAAAGCACCACCACACAGGAGUAGCAGGGCCAAUCCCCGACUGGCCAUGUUGGCCCCCAGCCGGGCUAAUUCACCAGCCGAGACUGGCUCAUCUGUAGAAGCAGACCUCCAGCCCUUCAGGGAGGCCAUAGCACUGCAUGGUCUAAGUGGAGCCAUGGCAAGCAUCAGUGUGCGCUCUGGUGCUCCAGGGUCUCCCACACAUGUGAGUGGGAGCAGCAGUAACGGAGGUGGUGCUGCUGUAGGUGGUUCUUCCGGCUCUGCACCGGUGUGCCGCAGCAGGCGUAAUGGGCUCCAAGACGUCGACCUAAACACUUUCAUCUCGGAAGAGAUGGCACUGCAUCUGGACUCUACAGGCUCCGCCUCUGCUGGAGGGGGAGGAACCAGGAAACGAAACUCCACCCAGUGUAGUGAUGUCAUCACAGACUCUCCUACACACAAACGCAACAGGAUGAUCUGAUCUGCUGCCUGUUUUCGUGUGUGUGUGUGUGUGUGUGUGUGUGUGUGUGUGUGUGUGUGUGUGUGUG